GGCCACCCUGUAUGUGCUGUCAUCCAUCUCCGAGGGACUCACAGCAUUAGACACGAGUGUGUGCACGGGAUGCUGCGCGACGCUGGACCACAUAGUCACAUAUCUAUUUAAGCAAUUAGUACAGAAAUCAAGCAACAAAAUUCCUCACGGGCGGCAACCGGAGACGAGUAACAUGUUCAUACAAGUUCUGCAGCAGCGGCCGGAGAUCAUGCAGCAGCUUCUGGCCACGGUCCUAAACGUGAUAAUGUUCGAAGACUGCUGCAACCAGUGGUCCAUGUCGCGGCCGCUCCUCGGCCUCAUCCUCCUCAACGAGGAGCAGUUCAGCCGCAUCCGAGCCGAGAUGAUCGCCCAGCAACCAAGGGACAAGCAACCACAGCUGGCGCAGUGGUUCAGCGGACUCAUGCAGGGGAUAGAACCCAACCUGCUCACCAAGAAUAGAGACAAGUGA